AUAUGAGACACAAGCGCUUACAUCCUACAGGCGGCGCUCGAGUGCAAAGUCCGAUGAAAGAUAUUCAAAACGUUCAAACGCAAUUGUGAUUAUUUUACAAAAUCCCGCCACAGCAAUCUUGAUCAAACGAAAGAGUCCAUGACGAGCGCACUAUUGAGUGCACUAGAUGUUUGUCAUGAUUGCUGAGCAGUGUUUAAUUCUUUGGCUAAUUGAACUACAUUUCCUGCAAAUAUUGACGCGUUUCCGUCUCCGCUCGUCUGCUGUCCUGUAAACAAGUGGAGAUCCGCUGCAUCUGGACCAUGAUCCGGAUUAAAGUCUGUCUGGGGCUGUUCAUGACGUCAGAGUUCACCUCAGAGUCCACAGACUGAAAGCAUCCCGCCUCAGGAGUUCAGAGAUCGUGGUUUUAUACGAGGUGUGUUCGGGCAGCUGCACAGGUGCGAUGCUGUACUGCAGCACGCGCGGAGGCGCUCGCGGGCGCACUUUCAGAGAUGUGCUCUUCUCCGGUUAUGCGCCUGAUGGAGGAAUGUUCAUGCCAGAGACCAUCCCGACACUGUCUCCCGACACCCUGAGAUCCUGGAGACAUCUGUCCUAUCAGCAGCUGAUGUGUGAGAUCUGUUCUCUCUUCAUACCUCAACAUGAAAUCCCAAGAGAACACCUGCAGGAGUUGAUUUCAGAGGCCUUGUGUAAGUUCUCUAUACCGGAAACGGUGAGAAUAGUUUCACUCCGAGACUCUCUGUCCAUUCUGGAAUUGUUUCAUGGAGAAACUCUGUCGUUUAAAGAUCUGGCCAUGUCCUGCACGGCACAGUUCCUGAAAUACUUUCUGCACAAGGAGAAGAAACGGGCCACGAUACUUGUUGGCACAUCUGGUGACACGGGCAGCUCGGCCAUCAGAAGUGUCUUUGGUGUCAGCGAUGUGGACAUUGUGGUUGUGUUUCCCCGCGGACGCAUCGCCGCCAUUCAGGAGAGACAGAUGACGGCCAGCAUUGCAGACAACGUUCAUGUGUUUGCAGCGGACGGGACGUCUGAUGACAUUGACGUUCCGUUGAGGAAACUGUUUGCUGAUUCAGAUUUGGUGAAGCGUCACGGUCUCAUGAGUCUGAACUCUGUCAACUGGUCCAGAAUUCUGCUGCAGUUGCCACAUUUUCUGUUCGCAUACCUGCAGCUCAGUGCGCUGCAGCCGGACGCAGACGCAAAUGACACGCUGCCUGCGCUGGAGGUGCUGGUGCCUACAGGAGGAGCCGGAAAUAUUACAGCCGGAUGCAUCAUGAAGAUGAUGGGCGUUCCCCUGCGGCUCGUCGCCACGGUGAACACCAAUGACAUUGUUCACCGGACGGUUCAGAGCGGAGAUUUCUCGAUGGCGAGUGAUGUCGUGCAAACUCUCGCUCCUGCCAUCGACAUUCAGGAUCCGUACAAUCUGGAGAGAAUCUUCUGGCUUCUGUCUGCUGGAGAUGCGCCGAUGGUUCAGAGUUUGAUGGAGGAGUUUCAGAAGACACACAGACUCUCUCUUCCUGUGACACUUCAUCGGCAGGUGAGUGAAGUGUUGUCGUCGGGUUCUGUGUCCGAUGAGGGAAUUCUUCACACGAUGACGAGAUGUUUUCAGGAGAAUGAUUACCUCGUCUGUCCUCACACAGCUGUGGCUGUCUGCUAUCACUAUAACCGUCCCGUCACCGCUGGACUCGACAGGUGUUGCAUAGCGACAGCAUCACCAGCCAAGUUUCAGGAGGCGGUGCAUCGGGCCGGUUUGACCCUUGACCUCCCUGAAGCUCUGCUGGCAUUAGAGACGCUGGAGACCCGUUAUAAAGUACUGGAGAAAUCAGACGACUGGGAGUCUAAACUGAGACGACACCUCGAGCUCAUCGGCUCAGUGAGACAGCGUGGCGAAAAGUUUUACACAUCAGAGACGAAGGAAUGAAUGUUUCAAUAAAAUGUUUUUAUCAAGAACAGUUCUUCUAAUAUCUUUAAGACACUAAUUACACUAUGAUUUGUCUUAUGUUUGUUCUUCAGAUGUGUAAAGCUGCCUUGCAAACAGUGUGGGAAGCGCUAUAGCAAUAAAACUGAUUUGAAUUCAAUUAAAUUCAGAUGUUUUUACGCCUGUUUUGUCAUCGACCUGUUAGGGGUCCAAACAGUGAACAACUCCACUUCACAUGAAUGAUGAUGUAUGUAAUCCAGCGGAGGACACGCCUGACACAUAUCACAUAUCAUUUCAUUUGUCUGAUUCAGGUUUGGAUGUGGACCAUGAGGAUUAAUGAUUAGUGAAUGUUUCAGCAAGUGUGAAAUCGCUGUCUUUACUGAAUGAGAGGAUUUGUUGUUUCUAGGGCAAUUCCAGCGUUAUGGACGUGACAUAAAAACACAACAUUCUGAACCAUUUGAUUAUAUUUUACUGAACCCUUGUUGAUGGCGUCAGAAAAAUACCAGUGUAUGCACAAGUUUUAUAUUUUAAAAAGGCAAAUAAACAUGCAUUAUUGAUAUGAGAAAUACUCUGCUGUUAGUAGAGUAAAAACCUGUGGUCAAAACAUUAUAUUUUCACGGAAUUGCCCAUUUUGCUGCUUUUCUAACUCGCAUCAUAUGAUGAAUGUCCGUGCAUUUAAUCUUACACUAAAAAUCUUUCAUUGGAAUAAAGCGUGUGCGUGUGCGUGUGUGUGUGUGUGAAGGCAAAAGUCUUUAAGGUUUUAUUGGUGUAUAAAGUUUUAGUGGAGUUGAACGUUUGGACUUUGGCUUUUCUGUUGUGUGUGGUAUAAAACAUCAUUUAAUAA